UCACUUCUUUCCCGUUGCUGCCAUGGAGGGAAUAGAUCAAUAUGUCAGGCGGCAGCAUGGCAGAGAAAAAAUGGUAAUGGAGAGAGUUUCGGAGGUAAAUGAAUCGCAGAGACUGGGUAGGCAAGGCAGGCAGGUAGGUUGCAGGCAGGCAGGUUGCAGGCAGGCAGGUUGCGCGCGUUUGUGGUGCAGGAAGCUAAGGCAGGGAAGCCAGAGAGGGAGGGAGGGAGGGAGUAGGAGGGGGAGGGUUAAGAGAGCACCUGUGGGCGGCGGGCGAGGUGAGAGGCGGCGCAGUAACUCAGGCCGCGGCAUAGGAGAUUGCAGCUCACCCCGCCAGUGCCGCGCGGCCUCACUCACUCGCCGCCCAGCCCCGCGCCAUGGUCCACGCGUUGCUGCUAGUGGGUGCGGUGCCUCUCGGCCUCCUCGACGCCGCGCGACUCGACCCAGACCUCGCUGCUCCCGGCGACACCCCCGCCACAGCCACCGCCACUGCCACCGCCACUGACAACACCGCUACUGACGACACUGCCACCACAGUCCACAGCAUGAAUUGGCGCGCCCUUCUGGAACGGCUCGGGACACCGCAGCUUCCUGACAUCAUCCUGAGCAACUCGCAGCACCCAGCAAGCCACGCCAAGCACAAACCAGACAUCCUGCUUGCCGACCCUGCCUCAGCCGCCGCAGCAGAGGCCACCACGCCCUCAGAGGUGAAAGUCGAAGUCCCCUCCUCCUCUUCCUCCUCCUCCUCCUCGAGUCCCAGUCAAGAAGCCAUCAAGUCCCAGAGCAGUGAGGGUCGCCUGCCGCUCGCUGAUUGGCUGCGUGAGGCCCUGAGUGUCCUGCGGCAUAAGGACGAGGACAAGGAGGAGGAGGACGAGAGGGACGGCGCGGUCGGCAGCGAGGAGUGGCGGGAGGCCGGCGCGCUGCUACGGAAAAUUGGUGAUUUGCUGGACGGCUGCAGUACCUGGAGCGGCAGGGGAAGGAUGACCUCCGCGGCCCUCAGCUUCCCCCUGGCGCGGCCCCUCGCCUGCUGCUGCUGCUGCUGCUGCUGCUGCUGUCUCGCCGCCUCCGUCUUCGGUCUGCUCACGUGGCGGCUCCUGCUGUGGUGCCGCUGACCGCCUGGCUGAGGGAGGACGUCCACUUGCACCUUCAGCAGACGGCAGCCUCCCCCUGCAGUUCAUUCCUCUUCCUCUUCCUCCUUUUCCUCCUCCUCGUCAGCAGCUCUGCCGCCGACCCUUCCCGCACCACGUGUAGGUCACAGUCCACGCGUGUAGUCUGUUCCCCCGCGCGUCACUGCCCGCCAGUCGUCACUGCCCUCACGUCUUUCAUUACGCCCUAAGGACACCGUUCACGCCGAGGGAGAAAAGGGACGUUUAGGUCUAGCUCUUAUUUGUAAAGUAAAAACAUUUCAACGCCACUUUAGGACGACCGCAUCGAGGCCUGACGGGAGCCAUGGGUUAGCGAGAACACUUCACGAGACAGACAAACAAAACAAAAUUCCCAGUGAACGCCGUGCGAUGUGCGGGUUCCCUCCUCCCCACAACCUCAGCCCGGCGUGUCUGGGCGGCCUGCGACCCACACACGUGCGUCGCCGCGUGAAACAUUUAAGUGCCCGCUGCGUGUUGUGUUACAUCAGAGGCAGCACAAAGCCGCCCCCGCUCCGCCGCAGCCUGCCGACCUACGCCGCGAUACCCGCAGGAGGCAGGUCGUGGUGUUCGCCGCGGCCCAGACACUCCCUUACCCCCUCACUCUGAGUCGCCUCUCCCCCACGUAAGGCGCGAGCUCCUUUUAUCGUCUUUAAGUCAAACCAUUUAUUUUCUCCCUCUGGUUCCCCGCGCCGCUCCUCCCACCCCACGGCACAGAAGCGAGCUGUCUCCCGCCCACACCCACGCAGCCCACCCACGUACUGUAGUUUGGUAUAGCGAACAUUUGUUAAGAUUCUUAAUAAACUUUAUAUGAUAAAGUGACUGGAUAUAUAGUUUAACGGCGGUCUAUAUGUGCUGCCCACCCCCGCCCCACCAAGCCACGCCCCGCCAAUCACCCCCGCCAACCACCACUCCGCCACACACACGCUGGUGGUGGUGGGCGUUCCUCAACCAAUCAACCCGCCCCCCCCCCCCCCCAGUAGACUUCAGCAAACCAAAUCCUGCCCAUGUACACUAAGGCGUUGCUCCCUUCCCCCUCCCUCCCUCCCCCUUCCCCUCCCAAAGAGCUCACACUCUAGUCAACGUUCUCUGUAGGCAGGUGAACGGUCAUUCCCAGUUUCUAAGUACACGAGCUCAGUGUAUCUGCUCAACACAUUGCUCAUUCACGACACAGACGCCAGGAUCGGAAGGUUUAAUAAGGCGAUAACACUUGAUUAGUAGCUCUGUGUGUCUAUAAGGACCAUAUUCUGAAACACCUCUGUGCCGCAUCUUCAUUACAUUCAAAGGGCUCUAGUUGAAGUUACGCGAGUUUUAAGGGUUUUUUUUUUUUAUGAUUUUAGUGACAUGUUAACAAGAUUUCUACGUUAUUAACUGGAUAAACACUGCCCAGAACCCGGCUAAUCAUCUCUUUGGCCUUUGAAAAUUGUCGUGGUAAAAGAGCAGCGCGUCUCAGAAUGUAGGACUGAUGAGAGACAACUAUUCAUGACGCAUCACCAAUAACACCAUAACCAUAAUCACUACACUAUCACUACCAGUAACACCACCUACCACCACCUCAACCACACACUCUCCCCAGCCCUAACGACACCCAAGGGCCAAACCACAGUCCACCACACCACACUGUCUGAUUAAUUUGCCACGCGUACAUGGCAGAAAAAAAAAUUGAGAAAGAAAGGACAGCAAGGUUUGGUUCGAUGUUCUUCGUAAUGUUUGAAGGCGCCUGCGUGUUCGUGGCAGUGUUUUAUUCAAUUUCAAACCAGCCAGUGAACGUUUCGAAGCUUGUGAUGUCGGUGGUUGUCAGUAAAAGCCGUAGCACCAUGACAGAGACGCCAUCAUGCGCAGCUGACACACAAUUCGACAUUGUUGCAUCUUAAUUCUCGUGCAUUUAGCGUGAUACUCUUUUUCUUCUUUAUUUUUGCGUAUAAAUGAAUCUCUGAGGUCAAACAGUCCAUUGCGUGUAGUUGCAGGAGAUGACAAGCUAGUUUGGGGAGAGCAAUCGUCCCUUACCGGCAGCAAUUCAACUUGAGACACAUUCACGCCAAAAAAUAAAUAAAUAAAUAAAAUAAGUCAACAUCACCACUAUUCGCAACACUUCUGCACUCCGCACCUUCACUCCUCACACACUGUCGGGCCAGUCACCGCCACCCCUCACCGUCAGAUCAACACUUAAGUCCCUUUCAUACGACGCCACCAGUGCCGUCGUUUGAAAGGGGCCUUAGAUUUACCUUUGAAGAUGAACGGCACGAAAAAACGACUCUAAGGUUGCAGUGAAUUCAGGGGAACGUUUGAAGUCAACCAAGAGAACUUUAGAGUCAGUACCGGUAUCGACUGACUGACUGAAUGAAUGAAUGACUGGUUAGCUAAUUCAGUUCUCCACAGAAACAGGGUCAUAAGCUAUCGAGAUACGAAAAAACGUCUUGCAUCGCAGUUAACUAACAGAACUUGAGUCAGCACCACUAUCGACUAACUGACUGACGGACGGAUUGACUGACUGACUGACGGACGGACUGACGGACUGGUUGGUUAAUUCAGUUCUCCACCAAAGCAGGGUCAUGUGCCACCGAUCCUUACCACGACACUCGCUCCUUCUGCCAAACGCGGGAGUCUGAGUCUGAGUCUCCACACGCAUUACAGGCAUCACGAGCAGCCGGGACUGACUUGAUAACCGAUACGCCAAUACCGCGCCGCAAAGCUCUCACAGGAGGAGCCGCGAGUCUUCAAAGGAUCGGGGAAUGGGGAAAGAAACUCAAUACUCAAUCCGCAGCCCUGCCUUCCCCAAUCCCCCUCCCCACUGCCUUGCUUUCUCCACCUCCUCGUGUUCUCGCCCUCGUCGUCAUCCCAACCCCAAGUACAAGUUACUUUUUAAAUCACUCGUUACAGAUAAUACGAAAACUUUUAUUAGUAUUGCAAUAACGAUACACUUACACGCACACACACACACACACACAUACACACGCACAUACACACACACACACACAUUCGCCGAGAUCCGUUAUGUAGCGUUUAAGUGUCUUUUUCUCAACAUUUCACGGGCCAACAGGGUGAUCUUAGGCGUCCCAUGUGUCGUGUGCUGCUCUUCCACGCCCUCUGUGUGUGAAUGAUUGAACUUAUAACUGUACUCUCGCUUGAAGUUUUGCCUUGGAACCUUCGGCGUACUUCCUUCCACUGCGCUCAACGUUGUGUUCAUUCUUUAGUCCUCUGAGUUGCCGCCAGUCUUGCUAAACAUGAUGAGACUUAAAGCACAUCACAUUAAUUCCCUACCACUGCGGUAUACAAUAAUUCACAGCACUACAAGCGAUGUAUGGUAUCUUUAUAAGCAUCUGCAAGAAAGAUGAUAAAACAGAAUAGAUUUUACAAUUUGUAGACAAUACAAUGUUCGGAGGUGGCUGUAGAGCAAGAAAACAGGUCUUAGAGUGGUUGGUAAUUAAGGAAAAUUGUGUGAAGUAGUAGUGAAAGGGAUGGCUAAAGACUGAAAGAAAACGAGACGAUUGAAAGGAAAUACGAGGUUACUUGGCUGAUAACUGUGUACUUUUGUGUGUUUGUCUGUAUGCAUGUAGGAGUGUAUACGUAUAUCCGGUUGUCUGAUGAUUAAUUAAAAAACUUUCAACAAAUCAGAGAACGUAAGAUUGAAAGAAAUAUGAAGUUUCUUGUUUCAUAAUAACUAUGUACGUACUUUCGUGUGUAUGUAUUUAUGUAUGAGUGUAUAUGUAUGGAUGUCUAACUUUGUGUGUGUGUGUGUGUGUGUGUGUGUGUGUGUGUGUGUGUGUGUGGCAGCCUCGAGGUCCCAAUGCAGUGGAAGAGUGUAGCAGCGCACGUGGCCGCGUCCCAAAGUUCAGUAUGUGUGUGUGUAUGUGUUUAGCUCUUAAGGUCCCGCGCGAGGCUCUGCAGGCGAUGACCAACAGGCGACGCUCCCUCACACACGCCGCGAUAACAGUAACACUCAAGCAGUUCAAGGAAGAAAGAUUCGACGGAAAAGAAAAAAAAAAUGAGAGGGAUAUGUAGACAAGUUAGCAGUUUGUUGGUGCAUUAAAGAAAGUUUGCGUAGGGAAUAAUGGAAGGAUGUGUAGAUAAUUUGGGAUGCAAUGCUGGGUGUGAAUUGUGUGAUGGAUAAACUGACGGUUUGGAUUUGGUUAUAAAGAUGCUGUCCAUAUGAUGUUCACUGAGAAUCUGACGGACUGGUUGGUUAACUGACUGACUGAUUUUCAGACCUCAAAACAAUGGAAUCAAUCAUAUAACGCCAUAGGUCAAAAAUAUUAAACUAAACGGAAUUGUUAAAAGAAAAUUGUGAAAUAAGAUCAAGUUUAGUAAGUAACGUAAAAGUAACUUGACUACACAAUGUUAUAAAAAGAAAAUAUAAAAUGACACGAAUUAAUAAAACUUCAUGUUAUA